AUGGCACCACCCCCCUCGAGGUACAUGGCUGGUCUGGUUAUCUCCGUCCUCGUGAUAAGCGUCGUGACUGCAGGCGCUGAACCUCUGAUUGGGGCCCGAGAAAUCCCAUCCAAUGCCUCCAAGGCAGGGUUAGCGUGGCCGAACGGGAACAGCGUAGACAUCAGUCAAUACCAGGCGUCGGAGAAGCUUUCAUGGUACUACACGUGGUCAGUAUGGCCAGCAGGCAAUCGGAGAAACAACCUCGAGUUUGUCCCAAUGCUAUGGGGGAGCUCUACAGCAAAUGAAUUCAGCGCGAGAAUCAAUGACACGCUGCGAAGAAGUAGAACACCUGUAACGGCCGUCCUUGGGAUGAAUGAGCCCGAGCAGCGAGGUCAGGCGAAUAUGAACGCAUCGGAGGGAGUAGCGAUGUGGAAACGAUACAUGGAACCGCUUCGGGGAGCUGGCCUCCGACUAGGAAGCCCUGCAGUUUCGAGUGCUCCUUCGGGGAAAACGUGGUUAGAGGACUUCUUCCGUGAAUGCAACGACACUUGCAACGUUGACUUCGUUGCACUACACUGGUACGGCACUGAUAGCGACGCCUUUAUCGCACACCUCUGGGAUUAUUGGUACUCAUUUAAUCGAACGAUAUGGGUUACAGAAUGGGCAUGCCACAACUUUGUCGACCAUGGUAAGCAAUGCACCCCAGAAGAUGUCGUCGAAUUUAUGAAUAAGACUCAAUCGUUCAUGGACAACGCCAUCUUCGUCGAGAGGUAUUCGUGGUUUGGGGCCAUGAGGGAUAUGUCUGGAGUUAAUCCGGCGAAUGCCUUGAUGGACAAUGACGGCCGAAUCAGUAACCUUGGGCGACAAUACGUUGGGUGGACAGGCGAUGGACCUGUUAUCGCUGCUGUAGCCGGCCGCAGUAUUGUCUCCAAUAUGGGUGCACUACUGGCUGCAGUCUUGUCUGGGCUUCUGGCUACCAUGAUAUGA